GUGCGGUGAUUGGUCAGUUCGGGGUAGUGUAGUAAGUAGGGUAAAGGUCAGCCGGGUAAACCUUGUCCGGGGAGAGAACGGCUGUCAUUCCCGGGCACACCGACCCCUCUCCGUCUCACCAUGUCUGACACGCCGCAAGCCAUCAGCCCGCUGAAGAACUUCUUCGCCGGAGGGUUCGGCGGGGUGUGCCUGGUGUUCGCUGGACAUCCCCUGGACACCAUCAAGGUUCGAAUUCAAACCCAACCAAAACCAACACCAGGGGUCCCAACAAUAUACGCCGGAACCUUCGACUGCUUUAAAAAAACACUUGUAAAUGAGGGCGUCAAGGGUCUCUACAAAGGAAUGGCAGCGCCCAUUAUCGGUGUGACUCCCAUGUUCGCUGUCUGUUUCUUUGGCUUCGGCUUAGGAAAAAAGCUUCAGCAAAAACACCCGGAUGAAGUAUUAACGUAUCCACAGCUAUUCGCAGCAGGUAUGCUGUCGGGAGUUUUUACCACUGGUAUCAUGGCCCCCGGGGAGAGGAUUAAGUGUCUGUUACAGAUCCAGGCUGCCUCUGGAGAAAAGAAGUACGCCGGACCCAUGGACUGCGCCAGGCAGUUGUAUAGAGAAGCUGGCAUCAGAGGCAUCUACAAGGGGACUGUGCUGACACUCAUGAGAGAUGUACCAGCCAGCGGAAUGUACUUUAUGACCUACGAGUGGCUGAAAAAGGUUCUCACGCCGGCAGACCGCAGUGUAAACGAUCUCAGCGUUCCUCGGAUCCUCUUUGCUGGAGGAAUGGCCGGAAUCUUUAACUGGGCUGUUGCAAUUCCCCCAGACGUGCUAAAAUCUCGCUUCCAGACAGCCCCAGCUGGAAAGUAUCCUAAUGGAUUCCGGGACGUUUUACGGGAGUUGAUCCGAGAAGAAGGAAUAAGAUCUCUUUAUAAAGGAUUCACACCAGUCAUGCUUCGGGCCUUCCCAGCUAACGCGGCUUGCUUCUUAGGAUUUGAAUUCGCCAUGAAAUUCUUAAACUGGGCAGUGCCAAGCUUGUGAAAGCCACCAGGAAAGAAGAUCGAAGAUUUGUGUACGCGAUGACAGUCGCGCCGAACACGCCUCUUUCAAUGAAGAAACACCUUGCCUUACACGGGUCCCACCCCAUAGGGGGCGUGGCUCUUCUGCUAACCUACAAUCCAUUCUUGCCAAUGGCAGAGACAAAAACUUGAAAAAAAAAAUGUUUGUUUAUGAUUUUUAUGUAAAUGAAUUUAGCUGCUCAUAUUUUUUUAUAUGAACUGCAAUGAAAUGGAUCUUUAAUUGACAGACAAUUUUAUUAUCUUUAUAGAUCAGUAAAAUAUUUUAUUGCUGCUGACUUCA